AUUUUUUUGAAAGGAAAACGCUGGCAAGUUGAAACCGUUGGUGCUUUUUGAGCAGUCCAACUUACAUCCGCCAAAGUAACUUCCGGUAGGGGUUGGGGGCAAUAACAAUACCCUCACGUGUAGCUCAGUUAAUCCCCGCAACGACCUGGAGGUCAAAAUAAGGCUGGAUCUUUGCGCGUGCAUGAGACUACUCACAUUCUGCGGACUCGUACAUCUAUGGGCUCCUGGGACUAUAAAUUCCACCUUUUUGGAUUAAUUUGCAUCAAUGGGGGCAAUAACAAUCACCGAAAAGAACACUUCAAGGCUCCAGAAAGAGAGCCCCAGAAAUGCAAACAGCAGUAGCUGUAAUAGCAACCUCAAAGGCUCCUGCUUUACCAAAGUUCCAGCGUUUUGUCGAUGACCCUCUCCAACUUAAGCACUCCCAUAAUCUCUCUUUCCAUUCACAAACCGGAAAUCUACACCCCGCGGCCGUCAAAGCCACCCCUUUUGCCGCCAGCGCAUUUCUGUUCCCGAUUGAGAGAGCAAUUGAAGAAGAAGAGUACAGGAAAGCUCGGGCUCAGGUGAAUCGGAGUGCUAUGGAUGCUGGCGGGUAUUCGUUUGAGGGAAUGUCCGUUGGCGGCCACGAGACCUGUGUUAUUGUCCCUCAGCUGAAGUGCGUCUUCGACAUUGGGAGGUGCCCUUCUAGGGCUGUAUCGCAGAAUUUCUUGUUCAUCACUCACGCUCAUCUGGAUCACAUUGGUGGACUUCCAAUGUAUUUAGCAACUCGUGGCUUGUAUAACUUGAAACCUCCAACUGUAUUUGUGCCUCCUUGCAUAAAAGGUGAUGUACAAAAGUUGCUUGACAUUCACAGAUCCAUGAGUCAAGUUGAGCUUAGUCUGGAUUUGGUUGCUUUGGAUAUAGGGGAUACAUAUGAAUUGCGGAAUGAUCUUGUGGUUAGGCCAUUCAGAACCCACCAUGUCAUACCCAGCCAGGGUUAUGUCAUCUACUCUCUACGGAAGAAGUUGAAAAAGCAAUACCUACACCUUCAGGGUAAACAGAUUGAGAAACUGAAGAAAUCUGGAACUCAGAUUACAGAUAGUAUACUGUGUCCUGAGGUGGCCUUCACUGGAGAUACUACAUCAGAUUUUUAUGUCGAUCCCAAAAGUGCUGAUGCCUUGAGAGCAAAAGUUCUUAUCACUGAGGCAACUUUUUUGGAUGAAAGUGUCAGCAUUGAGCAUUCAAGAGAGCAUGGCCAUACUCAUCUAUCCGAGAUAAUGGAGCAUGCCCAAUUGAUCCGAAGUAAAACAGUUGUGCUAACCCAUUUCUCUCCACGCUACAAUCUAGAGGACAUCCGCAAAGGUGUGUCAAAGCUGCAACCUAAGGUUACUGCCAAAGUAGUUACUCUAACGGAAGGCUUCAAAUCAAUGCACACAUAGAACUUGGUGACCAACUAGGUGGAGCACACCGUUGCCAUGCUUAGCCGUGGCUUGUACAUACACUCACAUAUUUGAAGGGAAAUGUCAACCUCUUUUGAACCAGUACUACACAAUGAAGUAAUAUGGAGUAUCUUUUAAGUUGGAGAAGUGUAGUUGGAAAAAUAGAACUGGUGAUGGCAGUUGUGCGGUGAGUUUGCUACUGAGUUGUAAAAAGCAUCGAGGCUUUCGUAAUAGCAUGUGUCUGCCACAGGGGAAAGUCUCAUAUGUUGAGUCAGGCAAUCGGCACUUGUGACUUGCUCUGAUAAUGUGACAACGGUUAGAGCAUACAACUUUACAAAACAUGUAGCACUAUGCUGAAUUGGCAUUGUGUAGGUAUAAUAUGUAUCACUUCCCAUAACACAUCAUGUAGCUAUUUUCAGGCAGACAUACACGAUUCAUUUGGCAGCAAACUUGCCAGUGUUGAGGAUGAUUAGACUUUUCUCAUAAAUGUUGUUCAAUCUGCAGACUUG